CCACCAUCACCAUCAUCAACAGCAUCAACAGCAUCACCUGCUUCACCAAGCAACACAUCUCACACCUACUUUUGCAUCUGCAUCCCCGCCAACAACAGCUCUGAUACAAUGCGUGUUACUCUUGCUGCCUCACUCGCCUUCUUCGCCGCUACUGCUGCCGCCAACCAAGCAAUCCCCAUUGGCGACGCAGAUUUUGUGGAUGCUUCCUACUACCAUGCCAUGGGCUUGGGUAGAGUUCCCUACGAUUCCUUUGUCGGUCUUAAGGGAAACACCAACCAGCGCGGUUCGAAUGGCGCUACUUACAGGGGCACGGGGAGGAAGUCGGGUGUUGGCAGAGGCCGGAUUGACACCAGGCUGCCUUACCAGAGCCCGCCGUUCUUCCCCGACACUUUCGAGCUUCCUAGCCUCAGCAAGCGCAGCGACGAUUACGAUUACGAGCAUGACAACGAAUACUACGUAGAUUCCUACAACCAGCGUGGCGGAUUCGGUAGAGGUAUUGGUCGUGGGCUCGGCAGAAUUGGUGAUGCAGUAAGCCCAGGUGACAUUGCCUCGAUUCUCGACAUGUUUGUAAAGAGAACCAAUGACGGCAACCAACGCGGCAGCUCUAAGAAGAGUUCAAGCAAGGUCAGAUCCAACCCUAAGCGCCCUAAGACCAUUCCUACUAAGCCAACGAACCCUGGUCCCUUCCCACAUAUUGAGCCUUUCCCCCAGUUCCCCUGGCUCCGGGAGCAUUCCCCUGGCAUGAUCAUUGCCUGAUGAUGUGUGAUCAUGUAGCAUAGAAC